GGCCAUUCCAAAUCAGAAGCAACCAUGUCUGGAGCGCCGUUGGUGCUCGUGGCUCUCGCGGUCUGCCUAAGUGUCUCGUCGGUGGCCGCCAAUGGCUUUAGCACCCAGUACCAGGGUCACACGCAGCACCCCACCAUUCCGGAGCACUGCCUCUACCAGGAGCUGGACAUUGCCGUUCCGCUUCACGGCUUCGCUCUGCCCUCUGGACGAGAUGGUUACUGCAUCCGACUGGAGUGCACCGACGACUACCUACUUUUGAUUCGACACUGCGAAAGACAGCCGUUUCCCGGACAUGGCUGCCAUCUCUCCGCCAAUGACUAUGACCUCCAAUAUCCAGCUUGCUGCCCCAAGCUAGAGUGUUCCAGUGGAUUCUAGAUAUAAGGCUACAGAUCUCUUCAAAACAAUAGCUCUGCUAACGCGGAAUUGAUUUUUUAGCUUUUUUAGAAAUGUUACAAUGGGAAAAGGUUUAAGUUUUUCAAAAACAAAAUAGAGUUCAAAACUGUA